AUGGAUACCAUGGAGCGCUCCUCUCACCAGAAGAGGUGUGACGAAACCACGCUACCUGCCCUCACUCUCAUUCGACCGUCUUCAACAAGUUCUACCACCCCUAACAACAGUACUUGGCCGUCCAUGCCCAGCCGGCCUACAUCCGUGUUCAAGAGAAGUAGCUCUCGAUCACCAUCAACAUCUAUUGCGCCAUCGCGGCAUUCUCAGAUCGGUGACUAUGAUAUUCACGAUCCCUUCUUGAUUGUCAAGUAUAUCGCUCGACGGGCGACCCUGCUUGGGUGGUUCGACGAGCCUGCCGAAAUGUCCGUCGUCAACGGCCUCUCGCUCACUGGCGUGGCUAUCAAAUCCAAUGGAAGUUACAUCUUCCAGCCUACAGACAUCGAUCCUCAAGUCUCAUCUACCGUAUCCAAGCUUGACGCCGAGGCAGUUAUAUCCAUAUCAUCGGACGCCCUGGUCAGCAUCAUCAACACCAUCUCCCCAACCCAGCGGUCGCUCGUUUGCAAUGACACCGGAGCACGAAUACCCAUCGUGCCUAGUCUCGAGGACGUGACCCCUGAAAUGUGCCACUACUCACGAGCCUGUGUUGCCCUAGAGGAACAAGUUGUACUUAUCUGGUCCCAAGAUGCCAAGAACAUAGUUAGCGUGGCCAAUAAUGUGCAACAGGAGAUUCUUCACAUUGCACAAACCCCUCUCGAGAACGAGCACGAGGACAAUCACGGACGCGCUCUUUCGGACUAUACCCAACGCAGCUCGAGCACCGCGCCAGUUGCUACUCCUAAUGUCGUCCGCGGAGGGCUUAAUGAGAAGAGUGAUAUCUUCCAGCGAGCUAUCGCCCUCGAGGAGAAUGAAAGCGAUAACGAUGACCUUGAGAAGGACGCGCCUGUCCGACCAAAACUCAAGAUGCACGCUUUCAAGAUCAGUUUUGCUAUCAUGUUGGUUAUUAUUACUCAGUCUCUGGGUGUCACAAAGCUGCUCGGAGAAUACUACUGGGAUGGAGGUAUGGCACGUUUCGGCCUACUUGCCACGAUUCCGCCCCUUACUCUCUUCUCACUCUUCUUUUUUAUUGUCCUCGUCACCAGUUUAUUCCAGCUUCUGCUUCCCGUCGGAGGUUGCCUGAAAAACUCCCGCUUCCAUUCCGCCGUUAAGCCCAACCCCAAACGUCAUCGAGAGUAUGAGCUGCCUCACAUCACCGUUCAGAUGCCCGUCUACAAGGAAGGUCUCAAGGGCGUUAUUGUCCCAACCAUGAUUAGUGUCAUGGCUGCCAUUGAACACUAUGAGCAGCAAGGCGGCACAGCAUCCGUCUUUAUUAAUGACGAUGGCAUGCAACUCAUCCAGCCUGAGCUCGCCGAGGCUCGCAAAGCCUAUUACCGUGAGAAUGGCAUCGGUUAUACUGCCCGCCUACCUCACUGCAAGGUUGGUAACAAGGGUGGGUUCCUGUCUUGGUUCCACAAGUCCGACAACUCGGCUGCAGAUUCAACUUUGCAGGACGAAACGCAAAUGUCGCCGCAGGAGCGGUCUAACAAGAUUGGGUUCCAACGAAAGGGCAAGUUCAAAAAGGCUAGCAACAUGAACUACGGCCUCGCCUUCUCAAACCGUGUCGAGGACGAGAUAAUACGCUUGACUUGCCUAGAGUGCGAGCGGCGUGGAUGCACCCAAGAUAAUUUAACCAUUGAAGACGACGAUCUUAUUUACCAAGAAGCCUUGGCUAACAUGCUUGAUGAGGACCAGGGCCGCACUUGCAAGUAA